AUGAGUUAUCCAAAUUUUUAUUCUCCUAAUUUUCAAUAUCCAAUAUCUAGUCCAGAAGAUUUUUAUCCUAAUAAUAUAGAAAAAAAUGAAAAUAAUUAUUAUAAAGAUUACCAAUAUUAUUAUCAUGAAAAUGAGGUAUCAUUUAAUAAUCUAAAUUAUUUAAAUACUGAUAAUGAGGGUAAUUAUAAAAGUCAGGCUAGGAGGGAUGCAGCAAAUGAAAGAGAAAGAAAAAGAAUGAAAAGUUUAAAUAAAGGUUUUGAUGAGUUACGCCAAAAACUUCCAUCAUUAUCAUAUAAAAAAAAACUUUCAAAAGUUGAUACAUUAAAACAUGCUAUAUCAUAUAUUCAACAGUUACAUAAAAUGCUCCAAAAUGCUGAAAGUAACAAGAAAUAUGCAAUGGUAAAUAUUGUUGAUCUUCAAAAAUUAAAUAACAAAAAAAAACAUGGUAAUUCAAAAUUUGAAGAAAAAGAAGAUAAGAUAGAUGAAAAACAUAUAUUAAAUGCCAAAGUCUGGAUACCACAUUAA